AAACUACAGGGUACAGAGAUGUUCUCUCUCUUCUCUCUCACACUUCCCGUUCCCUAAAAUCCUCAAAACACAAUCCUCAAUUCCUUCUUUGUAUAGAAGUUUGAAUUUCGAAAAGAGAGAGAUCGAUCGAUGCAGCCUUGUAGCAGAGAAAUGCAAGCAACGAAUUCCCUCAUGAUCCAAUCCCUUCAGGACCAACAAACCUCCCAAAACCCUCACUUCGAUCCCGCAUCCUCCUCUCACGACGACUUCCUCGACCAAAUGCUAUCUUCCAUCCCUUCCUGUUCAUGGACCGACCUCAAGUCCCCUUGGGACCUCACCACCAACGGCAACGGUGUCAGAGCCACCACAGCGGACGAAACGGCUCAUGAAAAUGUCGGAUUCCACUUCGACGAGUCAGCCAUUCUGGCAUCCAAGCUCCGCCAGCACCAGAUCAGCGGCGGUGGCUCGUCGUCGGUUACAGCUGCGGCGGCGAAGAUGAUGUUGCAGCAACAGCAGCAGAUGUUGAUGUCGGCUACUAUGCCGUUGUCUAUCGGGAACGGAAACGACGUCGUGGACGGGUUCAACUCGCCUACUAGUCAGGGAGGAGAUGGUACCAUCCAAGCACUGUUUAACGGGUUUACUGGAUCUCUAAACGGUUCGGGUCAGGCACCGAACCAAGGCCAACAGCAUUUUCACCAUCCACAGGGUGGGACUAUGCAAGCACAAAACUAUGGUGUUCCAGGGUCAGUGCCAGUGAUGAAUCAAUCUCCGGCUCCUGCCCAACAAACUGGUCAGGCAAGUGGCUCAACUGGGGGUCAACCAGGGCAGCCCAGGCAAAGAGUCAGGGCUCGAAGAGGUCAAGCCACUGAUCCCCACAGCAUCGCUGAAAGGUUAAGGAGAGAGAGAAUUGCAGAGAGAAUGAAAUCUCUGCAGGAACUGGUUCCUAACGCAAACAAGACAGACAAGGCUUCAAUGCUGGAUGAGAUCAUCGACUACGUCAAAUUCCUCCAGCUCCAAGUCAAGGUCUUGAGCAUGAGCAGACUGGGUGGUGCUGCUGCUGUGGCUCCUCUUGUUGCUGAUUUGUCUACCGAGGCUGGAGAUUGUUGUAUUCAAGCCGGUGCCAACGGUGGGUCCCUUGGAAGGACCAGCAACGGCAAUGGCUCUUCCAACGACAGUCUGACGGUGACGGAGCAUCAAGUGGCCAAGCUAAUGGACGAAGACAUGGGCUCCGCCAUGCAGUAUUUGCAAGGCAAAGGUCUCUGCCUCAUGCCCAUCUCACUCGCUACAGCUAUAUCGACUGCCACGUGUCGCACCAGGAACCCACUUCUUCAAUCCAACGGUGAAGGCCCAUCCUCGCCUAGCAUGUCUGUGUUGACCGUCCAGUCAGCUACUAUUGGAAACGGGGGAGGUGGUGACGUGUCCGUCAAAGACGCUGCUUCUGUUUCGAAACCGUGAUGACGGCGUUGACUGGCUUUUAGUGUUUUUUUCUUCUUAGUAAAUAAAAAGCCAAAAAGGAUAAAAUAGAUAGCGUGGGGGAUGAUUCAAUGCACCGUUUCAAAGCCUACGAAAAUUGACACGACGUCGUAUUACGAAGACUUUGUUUGGAUCAGAGGUUAACUUCUUCAACCAGCGGUUUUUCUUUCUUUCUUUCUUGGAGGGUUAGGUUCUCUUUUAACUUGUUAAUUUUUUUUAAUGUUUUUUUAAAAUAUAAUAUGAAUCUGGAUCUGGUUUAUUAUAAUGAGAGCAUUUUUAUUUAUAUUUGCUA